AUCCAGAGAAAAUCAGUCAUGCUUUACUACUGAAGAGAUUAAAUCAAUAAUCCAUUGAAACUACUUACAGUAACAUUGGUGGACGUUUUAUUCAGUUUUUUUCAAUUAGCCGAACCUCAUAAAAUUCCUAAACUGCUGUCGUUUAAUCCAUAGAAAAACAGCCAUGCUUUACUACUGAAGAGGUUAAAUUCAAUAACGCAUUGGAAACUGCUUUCAGUAGCCUUGGUGGACGUUUUAUUCAGUUCUUUUCAAUUAGCCCAACCUCAUAAAAUCCCUAAUCUGCUGUCGUUUGGAAGUAUCAAUUCAUUGUACUUUCAACUUUCUGGUUUGACGAACGAUUGACAGCAAAAUGACCGACCAAGUUCAUAUGAUAAUUGAUUGUGAUGUUGGAGUUGACGAUGCCCAAGCAAUUAUGCUGGCCCUAGCCAUGCCCAAUGUCGAGUUGGUGGCCAUUACCUGUGUAGCAGGAAACGUUGACGUAGAUAAAGUUUGCACCAAUACUCUCAAAGUACUUGAAGUAUGUGAUAGACUCGAUAUUCCAGUAUACAAAGGAGCGACGUCUGCUAUCCUUGGCAGCAUCGAAAGGGCAGAGUACUAUCAUGGUGAAGAUGGUCUGGGUGAGGUUGACGGCAUUCCAGAACCUGAUCUGACGAUGAUCAAAGAAGAGGUAGCAGCCAUUGCCCUGGUGAGGAUGGUGAAUGAAAUGCCGGGGCAAAUAAGCAUUGCUGCUAUUGGACCGUUGACGAACAUUGCAAUAGCUAUGAAACUGGACCCAAAUUUUACACGGAAACUCAAAGAACUUGUCAUAAUGGGAGGAGACUUGGAAGGUAGAGCUGCAGCUUUUCUCACUUCAGAAUUUAACUUCACUUGCGAUCCAGAGGCGGUCCACAUUGUACUUAGUGGGAGUCAAUGUCCCGUAGAUGUACUGCCUUACGAAGUUUGCCGAAAUUAUGGAUUUACAUAUGACUUCUUUAAUGGCUUAGUAACACGUGAUAAUAAAAAGGCUAAAUUUAUCAAGGACAUCUCUGCUAGCAGUCUGGAAAUGGAUGAGUUCGAAACAGGCCUACACACGCCAUGUGACCUGUACGCAAUCGCCUAUCUUGUUAAUAAAUCGUGCGUCACCAGAAGGGAUCAUGUGCACGUACAGGUUGAGCUGCAAGGUAGUUUAACACGUGGGAAAAUGGUCACCGACUGGAAUAAUAAAGUGUCGCAGAACCAUAGCAUAAAUGUUAUUAUGGAAAUGGACAUGGAUAAGUUAAAAAUCAUGUUUGCAGAGGCAAUGUAGUGUUCAGUAAUUGGUAAGAUUAGGGUUUAUCGUAUUUAUCUAUAAAUCAGAAUUUGAAUGACGAGUUAAUAACUCGCCACGCGUAAAAAUAGUAUUGAUACGAAUUUAAAUAACAAGAGAAACCAA